AUGUACGAGCAUUCCUUUAGAAACAUUCAAUCUGAAAUAUCAAUUAUGCCUUCUAUGUCAGUUUCAAAUUGUGAAAGUAGCAAUCAACAAUUACCAUAUGAUAUAAUCAAAUCCAAUCAACUGUUAUUAGAAGGUAUAAUUGAAGGCGGCGCACCUCUUUCUCUUGUAGAUGCAAAAAAAUUUAAGGAAUUCAUUUACUCUAUAAAUAAUCUAUAUCGUAUUCCAUCAAGAAAACAGCUUUCUAAUAAUAUUCUUGAUGAAGUUCAUACAAAUGUUCAAACAUUUAUCAAUCAAUUUAUAUGUAAAUCUACAUGGAUUACUGUUGCCACUGACG